GUUUCUAAUCAGCGUACGAUUUCCGCUCAAAGUGAAAGUUGGCUCGAAAGGCACGCUGAUUUGAGAUCCCAGAAAGGACGAAAGUUUUUACCCUGUUUAGUGUUUUACGUGAUUUGUGUGAAACGCUAAUAGUACGAGUACUACCCAGAUUCUAAAAUAAUUUCUGUAGUGAAAAGUGAUUUUACGAUUGUUGUAGUUUUACGGCUUUUUUUUAAUCCUUUGUAAUCUUUGUAACUUAUCACUUGAGAAGCGUGGGUGUCUCAGUUUGCGUCUUUACUCAGUUUACUGUAAUUGUUGUGUGAGUUUGUGGUUGGUGAGUCGCGCUGGAAUUUAGCUAGGCCACGGCCUACGGGAGUUUUGGAGCCCCUCACCUGCGUUUCUAUUCGUUUUGAUUUAAUUGGUGGAAUCAUGGAGCACGUUCCGGUUGUUAUAAAGGUGCCGUUUGGGGAAGGAAAAGAAGAUUUCUCCACCAGUGUAUUGCCGUCGUGGACUAUAUUACAGUUGAAAAAGCACUUGGAAGACACAUUGCCCAGAAAACCAAGAGCCGAAGCGCAAAAGUUGAUUUUUGGAGGACGGAUUUUGACCGAUGAUCAUCUGCUGAAGGAUUGCAUUAAAUCGGUCCCGAAAGGUUUUCCACCAGUUUUGCAUUUGGUACAUUCGCGAUCUCAAGAGGAAACCCCCACACAGCAUGCCGCCCCUGAUGUGACUGAAUCCGACGGAUUGCGUCAGCGCCAUGUACAGCAGCCCGCACAAGAAGCCCCAGCCAAUACUUCGUCGCACGUGCCACCCGCGUGGACGCCAUAUCAGUAUGGAUUCGGAUAUAAUGAUCAGAUGGUGCAAGAAUACCAGAAUUACAUUCAAAGCUACAUGCACCACAUGAGCCAAGCGAUGCCUGGAAUGAUGCCAAUGCCUUUCAAUACGUUCGGAUUUCCCUACCAAUUUCCAGGUCCUGCCGCUGCACAAGUUACCCCUGCCCCAGCACCCCAUCCGCCCAAUCGGGCACCAGCAGUGGCUGUUGUCCGCAUUCACCGCGCACAGGUUGCCCAUGUACCAGCUGUCCAGGAAAUAGGAGCUGAAGAAGUUAAUGCCCCCGGACACAGGGAUGUGUUGGACUGGAUGUACAUAUCUCUGCGGGUGCUGCUCUUUGUUCUCAUUAUUUUUCUGUACUCAUCGACGGCACGCUUCUUCUCCGCCUUUGCCAUAUUCGCUCUGGUCCUGCUGUUCAAUACGGUGCGAGAUUUUCGCCGCUGGCGUGAACGUACCCGGCAGCAACAACAGCAGCAGCCGCCGGCAGCCCCACCUGUCCCGGGUGCAGCUGAAGGCGCAGUGGACCCCGCCAUGGCUGGUAACAAUGCGGAUCGGAGUAUAAUCAAUGUGACGCCUAAUCAGCCGGCACAAGGAUUUUGGGGUGGAUGUGUCAACUUCGUUUCCGGAUUGCUAGCUUCGCUUGUGCCUGAUAACAAUGGUGUGUAGCUGUCGCAUCGCAAAUUGAUUAGAAAAGCGUAUGUAGUCAAAUAAUGAUGGGUGAAUUGUGUUUAUUUUACGUGUAUGCAUUGUUCAACGGAUUGUGUUGUAUGACUUUGAAGUGAUGAGAGUUGAUAAUCUGAUAGUAUCGGUUCCCUACAUGAUCGUAUUAAUUUGCUUACCUACGUUCAGAGAUUUUAUUUUAUCGGUGUUAAAACAAAUUCGGUAUGCUUUGUUCUGUAUAUAUUGAUAUUAAAGCGAAACCGCUG